CAUUCACUACAGUACAGCAAACUAAUGGAUAACUCAUUCCUUAGUACCGGGAGGCUUUUAGUUUGGACUGCGUUCAUCCUGACCACAGUUGUUGAAGCUCCCCAGGUGAUUGGAGGAAAUGUGACUGUGGUGGAAGGACGGACGGACAUCUUGCCGUGCAAACUCAUCGAUCCUGAUGACUCUGUACUCAGCCACAUUGCAUGGAGGAAGGAACCUGAGGAGGAGAAUUUCAUUGUGAUUGACCCUGCAACUGGAAUGAAGUUCAUCAACGGAGUGGAUAAACAAUUAGAUUUUUUAGGGAACGUUAGCGACUACAACGGAUCGCUACGGUUUUCCAACAUCACUUUGAGAGAUGAAGGCACCUACACGUGUAUCUUCACUUUGUUCCCCAUCGGAAAUGUCCAGACGAAGAUACUUCUAAACGUGCUUGUGCCUCCGCUCACAAGCCUUGAGGAUAAUCGUCCUAUUUUGGGUGAAGAAGAAGUUCCCCUCGUUACAUGCAAGGCAGCUGGUUCCAAACCUGCUGCAGAGGUGCGUUGGCUCAAAGGUACUUUGGCAGAAAAAGUGACAGAAACAACUCACGUCACCCGUCAUGGCGACGGUACGACAACCACAGUCAGCUCGCUGUCUGGAGCGCCGAGCAGAGAAAUCCACGGUCACUUGGUCGAGUGUAUUGUCACUAAUGCAGCCCUGUCAAAAGAGGAGAGGCUGCCUUUCAACAUACAGAUGUACUUUGCACCCACUGAAGUGAAAAUCAACAGGAAAUCGGAGGAUGUAUUUGAAUGUGAGACUGAAGCCAACCCACAUGCACAUUUUACCUGGAGCAGAUCCGACCGUUCUAGGCUUCAGUCUGCUGUCAGAGUAGAAGGUGCAACGCUACGGUUUCUGAGCAUGACCUCUGACCUGAAUGGCCUCUACCAGUGUGAAGCAUCCAACCUGUAUGGAAAAGAACACAGCUACAUCUAUGUGCAUGUGACUUCUGAACCCCAUAACUGGUGGAGCUAUUUGGGCUUUUGAUUAUCCUGCUUCUUGGAGUCAUUGCAUGUAUGAUAUGGCGACCUUUCUAAGGCACCUUGUGGAUAAACGUGGAGGCAACAAGAAGACAGAUGUCUCACUGCAAAGGACCCACUGCUGACACCACUUGUGUGAUUUCACAACAACAGCAUCAACUUCAUCAACAAAGGAUUGUGAAGAAUGUCUACAUGCCCAAAAUAAAAUAUGUGACUGAUCAACAAUGUAUUCGUGAGAAUUAA